CUCAGAGGUUAUCGUUGUGGUGACAAAAAUUAUUUAUGUAGUCAAUUUAAGUCUCAUUUUAGCCGUAUUACAAGCAUUUUGGAAAUGUAUUUGAUUGUGAAUACUGACAUUUCUAUAUAAUGUAGUAUGUGCCACACUUUAUGUGCUUGAAAAACUGAAAAAGAAGCAGUUUUGGUUUUGACCUGCAACAAGUUAAAAACAAGAGAUAAACGAGUCACAUAGUGAAUUGUGGUGGUAACGUUCAAACAGUAAAAAGGCUUUGUCAAGGCAAAUCAGAUUCAAUUUGUCAAACAACAAACAAAAGUCAAACAUGAAAAUUGACUGUGAAAGUGUUAGUAGUAGAUAUAAAUGGAAAAUCCGAAUUCAUGGAAUCUUAAAAUAUUUUUGUCAAGAGUAACAUAGAAAUAAUUUUGUUUGUUUUAUUGUGAUAAUGAGUUAAUAUUUAACUUAAUAUUAUGGCUGCAAAAUACUCACGCUUGUCGACAGAAGACCCAGAACUUGGACAAGUGGCUUUUGAUUUUUCCUCCAGUCACCAAUUCACCUCACCGUCUGCACAUUCAGGUCAUGAUUACAGAUCCAUCUUCUCAUACUCCAAUGCAGACAUGCAGCUAAGAGAAGAUCAUCUAACUCUAACAGUUGUCAAACAGUCUAUUGGAAAUCGAGUAUGCAGUUUUCUAAUAACAGCUGUGUGUUUUCUGUUGGUUGUAAUUACUUUCCCAGUAUCUGCAUGGAUAAGUAUAAAGAUUGUAUCAGACUGUGAGAGGAUGGUUGUGUUUAGACUUGGACGUCUCCAAGGGGUGAAAGGACCAGGUGUAACUUUUGUGAUACCAUGCAUUGAUAAUAUUAAGAAGGUUGAUGUUAGAUUGAAGGCAUUCAACGUCCCACCGCUGCAG